AUGCAGUUCUCCAUCGCCAAGAUCGCCUCCGUCUUCGCUCUUCUAUCCGUCGCUUCCGCCGACUUGCAUGAUCACUGCUCUUGCGGCAACAGCGACAGCUACAACUGGCGCAUCACCAUCAAGGCUUGCGAGCUGUACGCCUCCAAGAACUACGAGUGGGGCAAGACCGUCUACGACACCCCGUCCGGCAACUGCGUCAAGGCUACCGACACGGAUCAGAUCGCCGGCGACCAGUGGGAAGAAGCCUGCCGCGAAGUCGCCACCUCCGGUUUCCAGUGCGCUGACGGCCAGGGCCUGCGCUGCACUGCCCCCCCUGACGAGGUCCGUGGCUGGUGCUAA